GGCUCUGUACACCUACGAGGAUGAGUCUGACGACCUGAAGCUGGCUGCAUCGGGAGGAGGCGGCUUGCAGGAGCUCGCUGGCCACUUCGAGAACCAGAAGGUGAUGUACGGCUUCUGCAGUGUCAAAGAGCCCCAGGCAGCGCUGCCCAAAUACGUCCUGGUCAAUUGGGUUGGGGAGGAUGUGGCCGAUGCCCGCAAGUGCGCCUGUGCCAGCCACGUGGCCAAGAUCGCCGAGUUCUUCCAGGGUGUGGAUGUGAUUGUCAAUGCCAGCAGCGUGGAGGACGUGGACCCGGGGGCUAUCGGGCAGCGCCUCUCCAACGGCCUGGCUCGCAUCUCCAGCCCCGUGCUGCACCGCCUGCGGCUGCGAGAGGAUGAGAACACCGAGCCCGUGGGCACGACCUAUCAGAAGACCGAUGCGGCUGUGGAGAUGAAACGGCUCAACCGGGAGCAGUUCUGGGAACAGGCCAAGAAGGAGGAGGAGCUGCGGAAGGAGGAGGAGCGGCAGAAGGUGCUGGAGGAGCGGCUGCGCUUUGAGCAGGAACGCAUGGAGCAGGAGCGCAUGGAGCAGGAGGAGCGGGAGAGGCGCUAUCGGGAGCGCGAGGAGCAGAUUGAGGAGCACAGGCGGAAGCAGCAGACUCUGGAGGCGGAAGAGGCCAGGCAGCGUCUGCAGGAACAGUCCAUCUUCGGCGAGCAGCAGCACGAGGAGGAGAAUGGGCAGGAGCUCAAGAAGUCGGAGUCAGAAGUGGAGGCAGCCAGUCGGAUGCUCACAGAAAGGCCUCGGCCGUGGGCUGCAGCCCCUGUGACUCCAGCCCGGCCUCCACACCCGUCGGGGAGCAGAUCGAGAGGGCGCUGGACGAAGUGACGCAGCAGGCCCCGUGGAAAGACUCGCCCGGACCCAGCAGCGAGGCGCCGGCACCGCUGACGGCAGACGAGCUGCCUGGGGGCCCUGAGUGGACAGCAGCGCAGGGGGGCGGGCUGGGCCCCACCGAGGACCUUGUGUUCCUGGAGCCCAGAGAGCCACUGCUGUUCCCCGUGGCCGUGCUGCCCGCAGAGGGCGAGUCCUCGGGCCCCGCGCAGCCCCCCGGCCCCAGCCCCGAGAGCCUUAUCGACCUGUGGCAGAACGACAGCACCACCCCGCCCGCUGCCUGGGAGCUGGCCACACCUGCGCCGUCGGGGCCCCCUGCGCCCCUCCUGGUGGAGGUGGAUGUGCCCCCAGCCACUCCCGCAGCCCCCGCCCCCCCUGACGACAACCUGCUGAACUUCGACGAGCUGCCCGAGCCACCGGCCACCUUCUGCGACGCGGAGCAGGAUGAGGAGCCGGCCAGCCUCAUUGCCAUGGAGGGGCCGCACCAGAUGACGCUCAGCUACCAGCAUGCCCUGCAGGAGGCCGCCGGCGGGCAGCAGGUCCCCGAUCCCCAGCUGCUGACCAACGGAGAGAUGGCCCAGAAGGAAGGAGUGCAGGCCAGCGAGGGCUACUUCAGCCAGUCGCAGGACGAAGAGUUCGGCCCGGUGGAGACGUCUGCCAAAACUCCUCCUGCUGUGUUCUACGCCAAGCCCCCCGAGAUCGACAUCACCUGCUGGGACGCCGACCCGGUGCCUGAGGACGAGGAGAGCUUUGGGGGCAGCGUCUAAGGCUGGGCCCUGUGCGCGUCAGACCCCCCGGGACCGCCACCGUGAGAUCCCAGCAGUGCAAGACGGCCACAGUGAGGGGCCCAGCCCCAUCCCUCUCCGUCUGCGUGUGCCCCUGGGCCUGGCUGGACGGGCCAGCCCCGAGGCACCCCUGCCCCCGCAGGGCAACUUUUACAGCUUUCCUCUCUCUUUCUCUCUCUCUCUUUUUUAAAAGUUGUCUCACUAGGAGCCAUGUGGGUCCGCCCGCCCCCUUUCCCUUAUAGUUCCCUGCUCCCCCACCCUGCCGCUCCUGCCUCUUUGCGUUGAGCUUGUAUAUUUCUGCGUGCCCCUCAGCUCCCCCGACCCUGGUGCCCUGAGGGAGGCUGGGCAGCUGGUGCUCUGUGCAUGGGGCAGGGGCCUCGUUCGCCUCUCCCCCGCUGGCUCUGCCCAGAGCCCUGAGAACUUUGCACGAAUCAAAAAUAAAUAUGGCAAUAAAAUGACCCUGUGUGGGUGCGGCUCUGGCUGGCUGCAGCCCCCCUCACUUCAGCUGCGCCCCAAGGUGCUUGUGCAGCUGAGCCCUGCCCCCCGAGGGGAAGGUGUUAUGCACCCCUAGGGUGGGGGCUAGGAGAGAGCUAGUGCCCGGCUGUCUCAGCUGCAAGGACCCUGCCAGUCUCAGUAGGAGACUAUGUGGCAACCCCCCAGACUGUCAGCCCCCUGUGCCCCCCCCCCCUCUGCUUUGUCCCCCCUUGCUUGGUCCCCUUCUCAAGUACAGUAACUGGUUUUUUUGAAAGCACAAAUUGUGUAUUGGCAACGUGCUAAUGUAUGUUAAUAAAUAAAUCGCCUCCACCCUG